CGUACAAACAGGCCCUUAACGCCUCUGCUCAUUUUGGCAUUACAAAGGCGCUUAUUUCUUAAUGUUCUUGCAACUCAAUCACUUCCUUAACCAUUCUUUUAGAAUUCCCGAUGGAUUUCUUCAAAUCAGUAUUUGCAGACGAACCAGAUUUUCCUAAAUCCGAUUCCGAAUCUAAACCCUCCUCUGAUCGACCACCAUCGGACUCAGGUCCCAGCUCCCCACCUAAACUGCAAAAUUCUAAGCCUGACCCUUCUGAUAUUGGGUCCAGCAGUGGUGCCGGGUGGAGCUUCGGGGGUCUGAUCAAAACCCUAUCAACGAAAUCCGAAUCCGUCAUUGAAAUCUACCGUCGCGAUCUGAAGGAAUUUGGGUCGGGUCUUAAGAAGGAGAUCGAGGUGGCACAUGGAUCUUUAGAGACCGUGGGGCACGCCAUUGACGAGGUUGGUAGUUCCGUGUUGAAAAAUACGGUCCAGAUCAUUUCACAGGGCAAAGAGGCAAUCCUUGCCGCCGAUCACGAAUCCGAUUCAUCAGAUAAUAAUAACGAGAAGAGUAUUACUAGUCAGCAGAGCUUGAAUUCGAAACCAUAUAGUCGUUUUGAUGCUCAGGUACGGGCGAUUCAAGGUGAUGCAAGCACGUACUGUGAGGAGACACAGGAUUUGGAGGAUUACAAGAAAUGGAAAUUAGGGUUUGUUUUGGAGGAGAAGAGAGAGGAGAUUGAAAACUUGCUUGCGGAGAAUGGUGCUGCGGAGAGUAUAUACAAAAGGGUUGUGCCCAAUAGUGUUGAUGAGGAGACAUUUUGGUGUAGAUACUACUUUAAGCUAUAUAAGCUCAAGCAAGCUGAAGACGUGAGAGCUAAUCUUGUGAAGCGAGCAAUUUCGACCGAAGAGGACGACUUGAGUUGGGAAUUUGAUGAUGAUGAAGAGAACGUGAAGAAGGAAGAUGAGAGGAAUUCCGCUUCGAAGGCCAAUUUCAAGCAAAAUGGCCAUUUGGGUAGCAAAGAUUCUGCAAAAAUUACCGAAGAUGAGGAGAAGGACAUGCAUGAUAAACAAUCAGAGCAAAUUGUGAAGGGAGAUGAAAUUAAUAAGGCGAGCAUUGGACAGACUGAGCAAACUAUGAAUGUGAAGGAGGAAAUCUCUGUCGUGGAAUCAAAGGAAGAGAAGAUAUUGAGUGGUGGUGACAAUGUAGCCGGUGAUAAAUUGGAUUUGGAGAAGAAGAGUAAAGAAGAGACACUAUCAAUAUCUGACGAGAAAGCGGGAUCAGAAGGGAAGGGUGAUAACGGUGAAUCUUCUAAAGAUAGUGAUGUUUCUGUUAUAUCCAGCCAUCUAUCAAUGCCUGAGGAGGAAGAUCUUGGGUGGGAUGAGAUUGAGGAUCUGAGCAGCAUUGAUGAGAAGAAAGUGAGUCACAGUGGAAGUCCAAACAAGAUUGAUAUGCGAAAGGGUUUGAGUGCUGCAGAAGAAGAGGAGGAUUUAAGUUGGGAUAUUGAAGAUGAUGAUGAACCAGUAAAAGAUUUAAACAUUUGUUAAUUUUAUAACACUGAUGCCACCAUAUUUGUAUAUCGAAGUGUCAGAGGGUAAGGAGGGUUAUUAUUAUUAUUUUUUUUUGUGGGUUCAUUUGUACCUUGAAAGUGCUAAUAUUGUCUGCAAUUGUUACUUGAAGUUGAAACAAAUGUUUAUUAAUUUGUUUUCAGUAAAGCACUAGAUUCUUCGAACA